AUGGACGACGACAGGAUACUAGAGAGAGAAAGGCUCCAGAUCGAGCAGAUUCGCGAGCUUGAUUUCGAGGAAUUGCAAGUGGAGGAAGUCGAGGAUCAAACUGAUUCCGACGAAGACGACGACGGCCUCGCUGCAUUUCACUCUACCUCCCACGCGCCUGUUUCUGAUAAUCAUGGUGCUGAUGAGCUUAUUUUCAACCCAGCUGUGGCUUCUCUACAUACCUAUCUUGGAGAGGUUGAAGACACUCAAAACAGACUUGAUUUCGUUGAUGGAGGCACCGUGUUAAAGCUCCCGCUUUUCUAUCUCGAAGGAGUGGUUCUAUUUCCAGAGGCUACACUUCCCCUUAGGAUUUUUCAGUCUAGUUUCUUGGCUGCUGUUGAGAGAGCUUUGAACCAAGCUAACGCACCAUCUACAAUAGGUGUGAUUCGUGUUUACAGAGAAGGUGCUCAAUUCAAGUAUGCCAGUGUGGGGACAACCGCAGAGAUACGACAAUACCGUCGACUUGGGGAUGGUUCAUUCAAUGUAAUUACUCGUGGACAACAAAGAUUCCGUCUAAAGCGUCGCUGGACUGAUGUUGAAGGAUUCCCUUGUGGAGAGGUUCAAAUCAUUGAUGAAGAUCUGCCAUUGAGGACUCCGAGGGAUGCGUUUGGGAAACUGGUACCGUUAAGCAACGUGCGAGGUCGCCACAACUCGAGUGCAAUGUCUUUAUCUACACAUCUUAGAGAUACCGACGAACAGUCUGUAGCAAACUCUGAAGAAAGUUUCGAAAGUGCUCUUUCUCCGUCAGAGAAAAGACUUCACUAUUCAGCAGUUGACUCAAUAAUGGAUGACUGGACGAGUAGCGAUGAUGAUCAAGUAGUCAGCACAUCUGAUAUCCAAUCCAGUGGCUCUAAUCCAUACAGCUCUAGGUCCAUUGGACGUUUAGCUUCUUGCCAAGACGAAGAAAAGGGUCAAGACGAGCAAUCUCCAAAUGGCAAGAAGCAAAACAGGCUGACGAGUUUCCGGGAAAAUACUGAUCUAAGCCGAUUCCGUAUGGCCCCAAGAGCAUAUUGGCCAUUCUGGGCAUAUAAGAUGUAUGACUCGUAUUGUCUUGCCCAAAGAGCAGCUGAUCUAUGGAAGCAGAUAGUUGGGGUUCCAAACAUGGAGGCUUUUGUGAGUAAACCAGAUAUAUUAUCCUUUUCCAUCGCUAGUAAAAUCCCCGUGUCAGAGUCAAUCAGACAAGAGCUCUUGGAGCUUGACGGAGUCUCUUACAGAUUGCAGCGAGAAAUAGAGUUGCUUGAGAGUUUUGAUCGUGUUCGAUGUAAACACUGCCAGACGGUCAUAGCAAGAAGAAGUGACAUGUUGGUUAUGUCUAGUGACGGUCCUCUUGGUGCAUAUGUAAACCCAUAUGGCUACGUGCACGAGAUAAUGACCUUUUACAAAGCUAAUGACAUAGCGCUUACAGGUAGACCCGUUAAAAAAGACAGCUGGUUUCCUGGGUAUGCAUGGACAAUUGCGAACUGUGCAACGUGUGAAACUCAGCUUGGUUGGCUUUUCACGGCGACAAACAAGAAGUUGAAGCCAUCCUCUUUCUGGGCGGUUCGGAGCUCGCAAGUCGCGGAUGACAUGCGCUGA